UAAUGCUUUUUAUUUUAUUACAGAGUGGAUAAAAUUCAUAUUGACCCUGUGAUAUACCUGAAAAAAAAAAUUAAACACUACUUAACCAUUAUUUAGUAGUUCAGUAUCUCGACCAAUUUCAAGUGAUUAAAAUAUCUCUGAGACGUAAGGAAUAUUUUAUUAUAGAAUUUCCACAUUCCAAGAUUAGAUGGGUAAAAAUAAAAAAAAAAGCAAAAAUUCAUCAAGCAAAUCUUCUGAAGGCUAUAAUGCAGCAUCUUCUCAAGGUUUCUUUGAAGAAAUGUUUAGUACCCCUAACAAACAAAAAAGGGCAGGUAAACAAAAUACUAAUAAGAACCAAGAAUAUCCUCAAAAAAAUUGCAACAAGAAUAACUAUUGCCAGGGACAGCAAGACAGUAUUCCAGAUAAUAAAUGGAAAGAAAAUCAUGGCAAUGGAAAAUCUCAACACUAUGCCAAUAACACCCAAGAUCGAGAACCUAGGAAAAAGAAUAACAGUUCACGAGACAUGGAUUGUGAAGUAUGUCGACUUGAUUUCAAUGCUACUAGUAACAUCCCAAGAAUACUGAAUUGUGGCCAUAGUUUAUGCACACCAUGUCUCAAACAGAUUUUAAAAAAUAAUUCAGUAUCGUGUCCCACAUGCCGAUCAGUGCAUUCAAAAUUACAUUCUGCUGGUGAUGUUCCCAAAAAUUUCUCUCUAAUAAAACUGAUUGAAGACAAUGCUAGAGGUAAUUUUACUGUGGCUGGAGGCAGUAAAUCCACAGGAAGUAAUUCAUCCAAGAAUGCUUCUUCUAACUGGUCUUCAACUCCUCCAAAAACAAAAGAAAUCUCACCCCAUAAAAGUAAAUGUAUUCUUACUCCUGAAGUUACUCUGUCCUGCCAUUGUUCUAAAUGUCAGGUUUGGCUGUGUAUGGAAUGUGGUAGAAUUGAUCAUUCCAGUGGUGAGUGUUUUGUUACUCCAUACAAGGAAACAUUAUCAGAAAUGAUACAGGUGAAGAAAAGUGAAGCUGAAGCUGCAGGCAAAAAUUUAAAGGAGUCUAAGAAUGAAAUCUGCAGUUACCAGGAAAAAUUAGCUUCUUGUUCACUGGCAUUGCAGAUUACUGGUGACUGUAUUAAAAGAGAGCAAAAGCGAGUUGAAGAUAUUUUAGAAGAUGGGAAAGCUCAAGAAGUACAGUUGCAAUCAGUUGUAUCAUAUAUGUCAGAAGCCAAGGAUUUAUCCAGUGUAUUAGAAGCUUUCAAAACUGUUGACCAUUCUAUUGGUGAGACUCGGCAGUGGGCAUCAAGGGAGGACUUUGCUCAUACGGAUCGUAAAAUUCAAAAAUUAUUAAAGGAGCUUCUUCGUAUGAUACUGCAGCUUCAUUCAGCUUCAAGAAGUGUUUUUGCAAUGUUCACUAUAAACAGCACACAAGUCUUUUCCGGUCUUAAGUGUGAGGGCAAUCGCAUUCAUGUGCCUUCUCUUAAACAACUUAAUCCUUCUUCACAAACUCGGGCUGUGCCUUUCGAGUAUGUCAAGCAGUGCAUAGACAGUGCCUCAGCCCUGACAUUUCUAGAGCUUUCCUGGGGUGGUUCCUGUCGGGGUCGCGUCUAUAUACGACUGAUUGGUGACACAGUGAGAGGUAGGCAGUUUCUGAGGCUGUGCACUGGGGAGAUGGGACCUUCAUUCUGUAAAUCACUCUUCCAUCGUGUUUGGUGGAAGGGUCUUCCAGGCGAACAUGUGUGGGGAGGUGACCAUGAUAAAGGCAAUGGCAGUGGAGGAACUUCCAUUGUGGAAAGCAGUGAAUAUGUGAAAUUAUCUGCAGCUGGUCGUAGGUUACCUAUCACUGCUGGACUAGUGGCCGGAUGCUAUGAAAAGGAAAAGGUAAGUUCAAUUUUCCGUAUAUACACCAAGGAUAGCAAAAGUGCUGAAGAGGAAGCAGCAUUUGGUCAAGUGGAAUAUGGACUUAACACAAUUGAGUCUGCUUUGAAUCAUAAUUACAUUAGGGAUGUGAUUAUUUCUGAUUGUGGAGUAGUCAUUGAAUUAUAAAUGAUGCUCACUAAUAAGGAAGCUGUAGCUAGGUCUCAGCUUGCCAGUAAUAUACAGAACUUAGCAUAAAUUAAUUUUAUAUAUAUAAUGGAGCCUUUUAAUGAGGAAAUUAAUUUCAUUUUUGUAAUGACAGCAAUACCUAAAUUAUCUGGCUAGGCAAACAAGAAAAUUUUUUAGCUCCAUCACUGUGAAAAUACAUGAAAUGCAAAUUUUUCUAUGGCUUUGACAAUUAUUUAAUAUUGCUUGCAUGAUUUUGAAAAUUACUAUGUUCACUUGGAAGCACAAAACUUAGAGAAAUCAUGCAUUAUGAGUAUUUAUUAUUUUCAUGGGGAAAUUCCUAAGCCCAUAGAGGGAUGGGGUGUCAUACAGUGCCUGGGAAAUGGGAUGCAAUCAGAUUUGAUCCAAGGGAAGGGAAUAUAGCUCCAAUUCUGUGGAUCAAGAGCUCUUCACUAACUUCGAGGCCCCCACUUGAAGGGUGAAAUAUGAAUUCAGUGAUCAUAAAUUCAUUUUUUUUAUAAAGAACUUAUGACAGUAUGGUGAAGAACAUAAAAGAGACUUCCAUUUAGAAAUUUCACUAGUAAAUCCUGAACAAUAUCUUGGAAAUGCUUUUAAUAUUUGUACUGUUAUCCUAUUAUUGUAGUUAAUUUGUUUUGUUGAAUAAAAUGUCAACUGAUUUUUAAAAUUUAAUUAAUAUUUUCAUAUAGUCGGACUUGAGUCCUGGAAAUGGGAAGUACAAUGCCUGCACUUUAAAGGAGGGGUUUGGGAUAUUGGCAGUUUGGAGGGAUAUGUUGUGUAUCUUUAUAUGUGUAUGCUUCUAAACUGUUGUGUUCUGAGCACCUCUGCAAAAACAGUGAUAAUGUGUGAGUGUGGUGAAAGUGUUGAAUGAUGAUGAAAGUAUUUUCUUUUUGGGGAUUUUCUUUCUUUUUUGGGUCACCCUGCCUCGGUGGGAGACGGCCGACUUGUUGAAAAAAAAAAAUUAAUAUUGUAAAUAAAUUUUAUUUUAUAUGCAGUAAUAUACUGAAGUAAUGUGUAGGAUUUUUUGAAAAGUACAGUGGAACCCCCUGUAUCUGCGGGGGAUACAUUCCAAGCCCUGUCGCGGAUACCGAAAACCAUGGAUAGUAGUGAGCGCUACAUAUAAGUAAUUUUUUCUUUACACACAUAUCUGUUGGAGGGGUUUAGGGAUGGUGCCUGGAAGCAGUGAGGUGGUGUGAUGGUGACCAUGUGGGUGGCAGUGUUGGUGGCCUAGUGUGGAUGAUGGGUGACUGUGUGGGUGGGUGUGCAGUUGGUGUGGGAAGUAAUUAGGGUGGCUGGUGGCUACAUGACCAGGAGUGUAGAUGGCAUGUUAGGGUGUGUAGGCUGUGAAAACAGGGGUAAGGCGUGGAUGUGGGAGUGGGGCCAUGUGGGCUUGAUGCUGUGAGGGAGUGGUGUGUGUGAAAGGUGUGCUUGUCAGUGGCCUGGUGUGGGUGGUGAUUGGAUGAUGGGUGACUGGGUAGACGAUUAUGCGGUUGGUGAUAAUGAGUGUGGUGGGUAACUAAGUGGGGAAAUUGUUGUGUGAGUGGAUUGUGUAGGGGUAGGUUGUUGGUUGGGAUGGUGUGGGCGAAGGCAUGUGGUUGUGGGGGAGUUGUGUGGGUGGAGAUUGCUGGUUGGAAUGGUGUGGGUGAAGGUGUGGCCAUGGUGCAAUUAUAGGAGCAAAAGGUUUGGGUGAGAGAGGCAGGAAUGAGUUAGGGGCAUGGUAUGGGUGAAGGAAUGUGGCUGUGGGGGAUUUAUAGGGGCAAGUGGUAUGGGUGGGGUUGUUGCUGGGUGUACAGCAAGGGUGUAACCAUGGGGGGGGGGGAGUUUGAAUGAGCAUUUGGUGUGGAUGAGGUAUGUAUGGAUGUGUAUCAGCAUAGCCCAAGGUUAGGUGUUAGAUGUGUAUAAACGUUUUGUAUGAUAUUUUUAUCAUGUAGUAUGUUAUAUAAUUCUGAAAAACAUGUGAUAUCUAAAAUAAAAUUGUCAAUAAUAGCAUAAAAAUACUUGUUACAUCAUUGCAUCAUAAGCACUUCUAUGCCUCUUUGUAAUGAUGUCAAAUGAUUGUAAUAUACAUAUUAAUAAUAAUUAUUAUUAUUAUAUUAUUAUUAUAAGGAUGAGGUUAACCAUAGAGUUGACGAAGGAAAAAAGGUGAGUGGUGUGUUGAGGUUUUUUUUUUUAGCAAGUCGGCCGUCUCUCACCGAGGCAGGGUGACCCAAAAAGAAAAUACUUUCAUCAUCAUUCAACACUCACCUCACUCACACAUAAUCACUGUUUUUGCAGAGGUGCUCAGAAUACAACAGUUUAUAAGCAUAUAUGUAAUAAAGAUACACAACAUAUCCCUCCAAACUGCCAAUACCCUAAAAACAUCAUCUAUGGAUGCAAAGAAGGGAAUGUAUGAAAGUAUAGUGGUUCCAACACUCUUAUAUGGGUGUGAAGCUUGGGUUGUGAAUGCAGCAGCGAGGAGGCGGUUGGAGGCAGUGGAGAUGUCCUGUCUAAGGGCAGUGUGUGGUGUAAAUAUUAUGCAGAGAAUUCAGAGUGUGGAAAUUAGGAGAAGGUGUGGAGUUAAUAAAAUUAUUAGUCAGAGGGCUGAUGAGGGGUUGUUGAUGUGGUUUGGUCAUGUAGAGAGAAUGGAUCAAAGUAGAAUGACAUGGAGAGCAUAUAAAUCUGUAGGGGAAGGAAGGCGGGGUAGGGGUCGCCCUCGAAAAGGUUGGAGGGAGGGGGUAAAGGAGGUUUUGUGGGCGAGGGGCUUGGACUUCCAGCAAGCGUGUUAGAUAGGAGUGAAUGGAGACGAAUGGUAUUUGGGACCUGACAAUCUGUUGGAGUGUGAGCAGGGCAAUAUUUAGUGAAAGGAUUCAGGGAAACUGGUUAUUUUUUCAUAGCCAGACUUGAGUACUGGAAAUGGGAAGUACAAUGCCUGCACUUUAAAGGAGAGAUUUGGGAUAUUGGCAGUUUGGAGGGAUAUGUUGUGUAUCUUUAUACAUAUAUGCUUCUAAACUGUUGUAUUCUGGGCACUUCUGGAAAAAGUGAUUAUGUAUGAGUGAGGUAAAAAUGUUGAAUGAUGAUGAAAGUAUUUUCUUUUUGGGGAUUUUCUUUCUUUUUGGGUCACCCUGUCUCGCAGCUGACUUGUUGAAAAAAAAAAAAUAAAAAUUAUUGUAUGAUUAUUAUUACUUACUAUUAUAUUAUUUUCUUUAGAAACAUCACAUGGAAAUGAGAUUUACAACAAAAUGUUGCCAGAUUGAACUAUAUUUUGAUAAGCUUAAUUUGUUUUUCUAAUUGUUUCAAUGAUUAUCGUAGCUGCCCACCCAAGUGCAGCUUCCUCCACCUUAAUUAAAAAAUAUCGUAGUUUAUUGUUUACAUACAUACCUAUGAUAAAGUUUAAUUGAUAAAUUACACACAGUAAGUCAUUACCAACAUGAAAUAAUGAUAAAAUAUACACCACUACCACCACCACCACCUACUACCACUACCACCACCCACUACCACCACCACCACCACCCACUACCACCAUCACCACCACCACCCCCAACUACCACCACCACCACCACCCAUCACCACCACCACCCAUCACCACCACUACCACCACCCCCCACCACCCUUCACCACCACCACCCAUCACCCCAUACCACUAACACUGUUGCUGAGAAGGUGAUGACAACUUUUGCAGUGCCAGUUUGCUGCCAGUUACAAUUUUCAGUAUAUUUUUUUAUUCAUUUCUUUGUUGACUGAUCUUAACCAUGUUUUAUGCACCAUUCAAACAGUAAAAAAUGGAUGAAAUUGGACAAUAAAAUAUAUGAAACAUCAAAUUGCAACCUCAAUAUUUUUGGGCAGAAGUGAACCACAGAUAACUGAAUCAGCGGAUACGGAGGUUCUGCUGUAUUAUAUAUAAUAUAUCAGACAAUAGCUUGGGUCAUGUUGGUUAGUAUUGAUUCAUGAUAGUGUGAAUGUAUUGUGAGUAAAGGGCAGCAAUUUUGGGAAUGGUGUGUUUUUAUAUUAUGAUACAGAAUGACCCAGGUUUCCUUAACCCCUUCUCAUAAUUAUGAAAAUAUUUGUUUUUAAAUUUAUUUGCCAAGAAUCAUACUCGACAAUAAAGACAGUGGUGGUUUUCUGACAGUCUAUCAGUCUUCACAUUGUUUACCUUGGCUGUUGUGUCAAGAUUUAAUUACUGGUCUAAUAUUUGUUUCCUUACAAUUUGUUGGAACUAUCUAAUUUUAAUUAUUAGAUAGCAUAUAUUAAAAUUAAAGUUCAUCAUGAAGUUAAGACAGAGUAUGUUUUAAAACCUAGGAUAUACUAUAAGUGCUGAUGCUACAUUUUACCUGUUGGCUCAACUGCUUAACAGCACAUUUUCCUUAUAACAGAUUGAGCUUUCUGUAGGGAAAUGUCGAGAGGAUACAUAUAAACCUGACACUACCACCUACACCCUCAUGCUACUUUGUUGCUUCCAGCCUCCAACCCCCAAUUACCUCUCCACUGCCCAGAAUCCUCCAGCUCCUCCCUCCACCACUCCAUUUCUCAGUCUACCCCUCCCAGGCCAGCAGUCCCCCAAUUUUCCCCACACUGAACACCCUCUCCACAACCUCUCCAAACUAUCCUGCCUAAUGAAUCCCAUGUACACCUGCACACCCCAAUCACUAACUCCUCCUUUAUAAUCCCAUUCAGUUGCAAAGGGUUGCACAACCAAACAGUAAGGCACCUCCUUUUGUUAGCAGAGAUGUGGAUACCAGAUCUUAGACUGAUACACAUCACUAUAUCAAUCUACAGUUCUAGUAUCAUUAUAUUUUACAAAUUAAAGACUUCUUUUUUCAUGUCUUAAAAGGAAACACACUGAUGUUUUAUUUAUAUAAGUUCUCAUGUUUUUUCUGAAAUAUUUAAUAGUGUACAUUAUAAAGAGUAAAAUAUGCUUGUAAUUUUUGUGGUUAAAAUAUUUAUGGAAUAUAGGACUUCCCAAAUUUCCUCCAUGUUUAACCAUAAAACUGCUAAUGGUAAGGCUUAGUUAAUGGCUACUGAGCUAUUCCCUUGAAAGUCAUGAAGGGGAUAAAAAAACAAAAAGUUGAAGAUAUCAGUAAAAAGAAACAGAAUUCUUCCUCUGUAAGUCAUGCAAGUCGUAAGAGGUGACUAAAAUGCCAGGAGCAAGGAGCUAGCAACCCCUUCUCCUGCAUAUAUUGCUAAAUUUAAAAAAGAGAAACUUUGGUUUUUCUUUUUGGGCCACCAUGUGUCGGUGGGAUACGACCGGUUUACUGAAAGAAGAUCAGUAUGAAAUGGUUUGCCCCAUCAGAGCAUUGUACAGGUCGGCCAUCACUAAUCCAGCAAUCAGUUAACCAGUUCCAUCAGUAAUCCAGCACUAAUUUCGGCUAGCUUAAUUUCAAAUCUCAUCAUUAUACUGGCUCAGAAGUUGUGCAAAUAGUUGUAAAUCCACAGCAGCAAACCAGUGGAGGAAAAAGUAGUAAUGAAAAUGAGGAAGAUGUAGCAGAAAGUCUCUGUUGAUAGGGUAAUUAAGUGUAUUCUGACCUAACCACUCUACUCGGGCAAACUUGCUAAUCCGGCACACUACACGUCCCAAUGAUGCCGGAUUAGUGAUGGCCAGCCUGUAUAAAAUUAAGGACAAAAAUGUUACAUCCAGACAGUGGAGCUGCUUUUAUAACAUGCAUUAUUUUUCUUUUCUUUUUUAUAAUGAUUGGAAAAUUUGUUAGGUUUGAUAACAAUUUUGAGGGCUAUACUAAAGUUGAACAACUUUUAAUUACAGUUUGUGUAUUAUACUUAUUAAAUAAACAAACCAAAUGUA